GUACUCUUAAUAACACUAAGUUUUGCACAUACACUUUCUAAUAAUAAAACUAAUUGGCAGCUAAUGAUUUAUAUGCUAAGAGUACAAACUAUACAAAGCAACCACAAAAACUUAUUCAGCCGUUUGUCUGAGAAAACAGGUGCACCCUUUAACUGAGAUGCACAUUAACUUAUCUUGCUUUCCACUCCCAAGGUCCCUUUCAGGAAAUUUCAGUCUGGCUCCUGUAGGAGUUGGGAGGGUCUUAAAGGAACAUCCCUUCAUAUGGACUCUGAGAAAGCUUCUUCAAACAUAAGUCAGUGGCACUCGAAGUUACACUGAGGUUACACAUAUUUCCCAAACCUAUACAAUGUGCAACACCAAGAGUGAACCCCAAUGUAAACUAUGGCCUUUGGGUGAUAAUGAUGUGUUAAUGUAGGUUCAUCAGUUAUAAUGACAGCAGGGCAGGGAGAAAGGGUAUAUGAGAACUCCACUUUGUGCUCAGUUUUGCUGGGAACCAACUAAAUCUGCUCUAAAACAGUCUACUAAAAAACAGACAAAACAAAAAUAACCAUGUAAAAAGAAAAGAAAAAAAGGUUGCCUGCAGAGUUUAAAUAGGUUGCAGGUGUGGAGGAUGAGGGAUAAAACACAAUGGUAAAUUAAGGACCGGGACCUUGUCCCAGACCAAUAAUGACAGAUGUGUAUGUCAUGAAAUAAAGAGUAAAUUAACUCAACGCUCUUCACUGUCAAUCCGAAAGAAAAAGAGAUUAUGUGUAUGUGCUUUGUCUAAUACAUCAUAUCAGGCUUAGGAGGUUAUAUGUCGUAUUUUGACCCACUAUACAUCCAUUGUCCUCACGUGUUCAUAUUCUGAAUACACUGAGUAAAAAGUAAUCAUCUCCUAAGUAAGGUGAAAACUAGAAUCUAAAUUAAACUGUUUUACAUCACACACCCACGCAAAAAUUGUCUUGCAUUUAUACCUCUUCAUACCUUAGUAUUACUUUUUUUAAAACUGUUUUGCCCUGAUUUCCUUACACUUGCUGCCAACUGGUGGCGUUAGGACGCAGUAACUAAUUUCACCAUUCACAUCUAGGAAGGACAGAAUGGCGUGGUGUUCGGACUGUGAGCUUCGCAUAUUAUUCUUUGAGUUCCAGUAAUUUACCUUCCAAAGACUGCUAGAGGAAAAGGCUUAAAGUCUCUUCUAAGAUUUCUCUGGGCCGUUAAUACCUCAUCGCAGCAAAACCUAAGAGCAAAUUCUAAUGGACCACAAGUUUCUAGCAGGAGGAAUGUCUAUGAGAUAGGAAACAAAGAGCCACUGUCUCCCCAGACUCCAGAUCUAGCCUCACCGACCGCUGGACUCCAGCGGCUCGGAGUACCACUGGAGCAACCUCGGAAACAGCUGGGACUGUGCGCAUUCGAUCCCCGGCUAUUCCUCGCUGAGGCACCAGGUGGCGCAGCAGGGCAGCGGGAGACAAUGCGCUUGCGCGACUGACGGGCAGUGCCGGGAGACAGCGUUUCCAGGUUCCUUUGGUUUCCGCGGGCGGCAUGAAGACCGCAGAUGGCGCCAGAGCAACUGGCAACGAGGGGCCACGGAAGCUGGCUCUCUGCGUCCUCUGCGGCCUGCCUGCUGCAGGAAAGUCGACCUUCGCGCGCGCGCUCGUCCACCGACUGCGGCAGGAACAGGCCUGGGCCGUCGGCGUCGUCGCGUAUGAUGACGUCAUGCCCGAUGCGUUCCUCGACGAAGCGAGAGCGCGGCCGCCGCCAUUCCAGUGGAAAGUGCUUAGACUGGAACUGUUAAAGUACCUGGAAUACUUCUUAAUGGCUGUCAUUAAUGGAUGUCAGAUGUCAGCCCCACCCAACAGGACUGAAGCCAUGUGGGAAGAUUUUAUAACCUGCUUAAAGGAACAAGAUCUGAUAUUUUCUGCAGAGUCUGAGGCCCAGUCUUCCUACAUCAUAAUGAAAACUGCUGUUUCUAGACCUUUGCUUUUGAUUUUAGAUGACAACUUUUAUUAUCAAAGUAUGAGAUACGAAGUCUACCAGCUGGCUCGGAAAUAUUCGUUAGGCUUUUGCCAACUCUUUUUAGAUUGUCCUCUGGAGACCUGUUUACAAAGGAAUGGCCAGAGACCACGGGCACUGCCUGCAGAGACCAUCCACCUGAUGCAAAGAAAGAUAGAAAAGCCCAACCCUGAGAAAAAUGCUUGGGAACACAACAGCCUCACAAUUCAGAGUCCAGCAUGUGCUUCAGAGGCCAGCCUGGAGGUGACUGAUUUGUUGCAUAUUGCCUUGGAAAAUCCAGUCAAAUAUGUUGAGGACAAUAUGGAACAAAAGGAAACAGACAGAAUCAUUUGUUCAACUAACAUUCUUCAUAAAGUGGAUCAGACACUCCGAAGAAUUGUGUCUCAGACGAUGAAGGAAGCAAAAGUUUUACAAAUGGAGAAAUAGAAGUGUAAAGAAGAUCAAGCAAUUUGCCUAAGGCUACUGAACACGGGGUGUUCAGAGUUAAGUCUGAUUCCACCUGCGCUUUCCAUCGUGCUCCCAGGUACCACCAGCACGUAUAUUACCUUUAUAGAAGCCCAGAACAUUGAAAAGGAAACAAACUAAUCCUAUUGUGGUUUUUAUCUUUUUUUUAAAUUUCUGCCUUUCGUGAAAAUAACUGUUUUCAAAUUUUUUUUAGGCCAUGACCCCUAAUGAGAUUUUUAUGUUGUAACCCAGUACCUGAACUCACAUGUGUGGAAGCAAAAGCUCCACAGAACACCCUCACAUAUUUAAUGAACUCUGUGUUCUAAAGGAUGUCAUUUUAGACAAACAAUGGUUGCCACAAAAAAUGGAUCACAAAACAAACUUUGAAAAACUGAGGACUGCAACAGAAAUGGCAGCAUAAUUAGAAUUCAGACAAAAGUAGUUCCAGGGGCUCUUGCU